UGGGAAUUUUGACCUGGUUGUUGGGCAUUGGCAUUUCCGAUUGUUUCACUCUAAUUUGCAAUAACAAUCAAUAAUAGCAUUGGUACAAACAAAACAAGCAACAACAGCAAGCAAGUAGAAACAAGCAAGUAGAAAGAGAAGAAGAAUGAAGAGCUCUCUGAAAAAGUUGCGAGGUCUGGCACUUCACAAUCACAAUCACAAGCAUGAUUCGAAGACCAUUCUGCCUCUGGGCCAGUUAGACGAGCUGGCUCAGGCUACCCAGGACAUGCAAGACAUGAGAGAUUGCUAUGAUACCUUGCUUUCCGCCGCCGCUGCAACCGCCAGCAGUGCUUAUGAAUUCGCCGAGUCCUUGCGGGACAUGGGCUCUUGUCUUCUUGAGAAAACCGCUUUAAAUGAUCAUGAAGAAGAAACUGGAAAAGUUCUCCUCAUGCUUGGCAAAAUCCACUUCAAACUUCAAAAACUCAUUGAUAACUAUCGUUCUCACAUAUUCCAGACAAUCACCAUUCCCUCCGAGUCUCUCUUGAAUGAACUUCGAAUUGUUGAGGAGAUGAAGCGACAAUGUGAUGAAAAAAGAGAUCUAUAUGAGUAUAUGGUAUCAAGAUAUAGAGAAAGAGGUAGGUCUAAAGGUGGAAAAGGGGAAACUUUUUCGUUGCAGCAAUUGCAAACUGCUCGUGAUGAAUAUGAUGAAGAGGCUACAUUAUUUGUUUUCCGAUUGAAAUCUCUGAAGCAAGGACAAUCGCGUAGUCUUCUAACACAGGCAGCACGUCACCAUGCUGCUCAGUUGUGUUUCUUCAAGAAAGCAGUCAAGUCUCUUGAGACAGUAGAACCACAUGUAAAAUCAGUAAGUGAACAGCAACACAUUGAUUACCACUUUAGUGGUCUUGAAGAGGAGGAUGAGGAUGAAGGUGAUGAUGGAGGUGACCAUGACGAUGGUUAUGAUGAGAAUGAUGACGGGGAGCUGAGUUUUGACUGCGGACCAAUUGAACAAGAACGAGAUGUUUCUGCAUCACGAAACUCAAUGGAGCUGGACCAGGUGGAACUUACACUUCCCAGAUGUUCAACAGCUGAAGCUGCUAAGGAAAACUUGGAUAAGCUUCAAAGGAAUUUGUUUUCCUUUAGGGUUAGGCCAGGGAGCCAAUCUGCCCCACUUUUUCCUGAUAAUAAACCUGAUUCUAGUGAAAAACUGCGACAGAUGCGCCCAUCUUUAUCACGGAAGUUCAGUUCAUAUGUGCUACCCACACCGGUUGAUGCAAAGAGUUCAAUCUCUUCAGGGUCAAAUAAUCCAGUGCCUUCCAAAAUUCAGACAAAUUUAAAUGAACCUACAAAGAAUUUGUGGCAUUCCUCCCCACUGGAACAAAAGAAACAUGAAAAAUUUAUCGGAGAUGAGUUUUCUGGUCCUGCUGUUAGAAAUGCACAGUCUGUACUCAAAGAGAGUAACAACAAUACUGCCUCCACGAGAUUGCCGCCUCCUUUGGUAGAUGGUCUUUUAUCCUCAAAUCAUGAUCAUGUUUCUGCUUUCUCUAAAAAGAUUAAAAGACAAGCUUUUUCUGGCCCACUGACAAGUAAUCCUUGGCCCACCAAGCAUGUCCCAGCAGAAAAUGUUCAACUGUUCUCUGGACCUCUUUUACCAACUCCAAUCCCGCAGCCUCCAUCAUCAUCUCCAAAAGUAUCUCCUAGUGCUUCUCCUACCUUAGUGUCUUCACCUAAAAUUAGUGAGCUUCAUGAACUUCCGAGGCCUCCAACCAGUUUCCAAUCCAAUUCCGGGCUUUUAGGUUUGGUGGGUCAUUCAGGUCCAUUGGUGUCCAGAGGUCAAAAGUUUUCGGCUGCAAAUAAUUUGGUUUCAUCAAGUGCAGCAUCUCCACUGCCAAUGCCACCUCAGGCUAUGGCUCGUAGUUUCUCCAUACCUUCUAGUGGUGCUAGAGUUGCAGCACUACAUGGGUCAAGGGCACUGGAAUCCUCUCAUAGAUCGUCUAUAUCUGAGGAUAUUACUUCCCCUCCUCUGACGCCAAUAGCAUUAUCUAGUAGUCGGCCAUCAUCAGAUGGCUGAGUUUGUUGCUCUGGAUGUUUAGACUGGAGGGAUAUGCAUGUUUAUACUAAUAUCAAGCUAUGAACCCAGGUAUGGACAAUUGUGCAGAUUAGUUCCGCUCACGACAGAAGCAAGCCAUGUUUACAACCUGGGAAAUUAAGCUUAGGGUCAAGUUUUGCUUCGUUGCAAAUUUGUAAAUAUUAUUUUUUCUUGUUAUUCUUUUAUCUGUCACUAUCAUUGUUAAAUCAACCUUAUAA